UCCAUACCCUUCCCUACACACAUGGAGAUACUCCAAUAGACUCUUCUUCUUCUUCCUCUGCCUUUUUCUCCCAAAAUCUCUCUCUUUAUUCUCAAUCUCUCUCUCUGGUAAUGGCAAUGUUGGGUUUGGUUUUAUCUGUUCUUACCACAAUUCUUGCAUUGUCUGAAGCAAGAAUCCCAGGAGUCUACAAUGGAGGUGGUUGGGAAACUGCCCAUGCCACUUUCUAUGGUGGCUCUGAUGCUUCUGGAACCAUGGGAGGUGCUUGUGGUUAUGGUAACUUAUACAGCCAAGGCUAUGGUGUGAACACGGCGGCUCUAAGCACGGCUCUGUUCAACAAUGGUUUUAGCUGUGGUGCUUGUUUUGAGCUCAAAUGUGCGAGUGAUCCAAGAUGGUGCCAUUCUGGUAGUCCUUCAAUCUUCAUCACUGCGACUAAUUUCUGUCCUCCGAACUUUGCUCAGCCUAGUGACAAUGGUGGUUGGUGUAACCCUCCUAGGCCUCACUUUGAUCUUGCUAUGCCUAUGUUCCUUAAGAUUGCUGAGUAUCGCGCCGGAAUCGUCCCCGUCUCUUUCCGCCGUGUGCCAUGCCGGAAAAGAGGAGGAAUAAGGUUCACGAUCAACGGUUUCCGUUACUUUAACUUGGUUCUAGUCACAAACGUCGCCGGCGUCGGAAACAUAGUCCGGUUAGGAGUUAAAGGAACACAUACUUCGUGGAUGAGCAUGAGUCGUAACUGGGGGCAAAACUGGCAAUCUAACUCUGUUUUGGUUGGUCAGUCACUUUCUUUUAGAGUCACAGGCAGUGACCGUAGAAGCUCGACGUCGUGGAACAUUGCUCCGGCGAAUUGGCAGUUUGGUCAGACUUUCAUGGGAAAGAACUUCAGAGUCUGAGGGCAUUAUCGGAAACUCAUCUAUCUAUUUAGUAUUUUUAUUAUUACUAUUAAAAUUUCCAGCCGAAGGCAUUAGUAAUUUGAGAAAUUUUAAUAUAUAAUCAUGUUUAUAAAGAGACCACUAAAAUUCCAAUUUUCUUACCUCUGAUGGGUUGUGUUUUUUUCUGAUGUGUUCGUUGGAGAGUGUGAAAUUGGACAGUGGUGUUUUUUAAGCGUGUGGGGUCGUAAAUUAUAAUUAGUAAUCUUUUGGGGUGAAAUUAGAAGUUUGUUAAAAGUAGAAGGAGGUGUGAAGCAGAUUUGAAGAGUUUCUGGUAGUAAAAGAAGCAGUAAUAUAGGGAUGUGUCAUGUGUUUGUAUUUUGUAAUGCCUCUUGUAGAACUCUAUAUUGUAAUUUUUAUAUAUGUGGGUAUGUUAUGGUUUAUUAUUAUUA